GCAUUGGAACCUUGAAAAGACAAAUAAGCUUUGCCUUCCUUCCUAGUUCAUUAUGAACAAACUAUCAACAAAAACCAUCCUGUUCAGCCAGUUUCUCAGAGCAACCAUGGGAGUCACAGCAGUUCUUCUGUCACCAUGAAGGGGAUCUGCUCAGACGCCAUCCUUGUUCUAGCUACCUCCAUGUGGAUGGCCUUUGCAAUUGACUUCCCCCUUCCUAUGGCCUCUGAAAGAGGUCAGCUAGACAAAACAAUAGUUGAAUGCCUCAAGAAUGUAAAUAAGUGCUGGUUUUUAUCCUACAUCAAGCCCAGUGAACCUAUUUGUGGCAGUGACCAGGUUACCUACAGUAGUGACUGCCAUCUGUUCUCCAAAAUUCUAUUUGAAGGGCUUAACAUAACUAAACUGUAUGAUGGACAAUGUGAAAACUCUUGAACGUACCACAAAGAAUUAUAAAACCUACUGAAUCUCCAGAUUGCCAAGUGAAACACAAUGGUUGCCUCUUCAAAUAUAUCCCCUUUAAUUACUAAUGGUUGGAUCAAACUCGUUGAUUUAUGUCUUCAAUAAAUGAUUCUUAGCAGAAAA